AUGACUGACUCUGCUGCCCAGGCUGCCGUGAAGAAGGCGAAGGCGCCGAAGAAGCCAAAGGUGCCUGCUGCCCACCCGCCCUUCGCUAAGAUGAUCGUGGAUGCAAUUAAGGACCUGAAGGACAAAAACGGUUCCAGCCGUCAGGCGAUCUUGAAGCACAUUAAAGCCCAUAACAAGAUUGACGAGAGGGUUGCUGAGGUCCACUUGCGUCGCGCCCUUGUCUCCGCUACGGCUUCCGGCAAGUUGAUUCGAACCAAGGGUGCCGGCGCCUCUGGGUCCUUCAAGCUCUCCGAGAAGGCGAAAAAGGAGCCAGUCGCAAAGAAACAUGCCAAGAAGACGACCUCCAAGCCAAAGACUACCAAGACGGCUAAACCGAAGAAGGCUGCCACGGCCAAAAAGACGCCGAAGCCGAAGAAGGCCGUGAAGACGGUCAAACCAAAGAAAGCUGCAACGUCGGCAAAGCCCAAGAAACCUUCCGUGAAGAAGACGCCAAAGAAAGCGGCUAAGAAAUAG